CGGCGGAGCGCGUCUGAACGACGUCGCGUAGACGGUGUCUUUUUUCUUUUUUUUUUUAAACCGAGUUGGUGUUUUAUGGCCAGUAUUGGUUGUGUCGGAUCAUUAAAUCAACUCACAGCUGCUUAAAAGAUAUUCGGGGGGAGCAUGAGUGUGGGUUUCAUAGGAGCGGGUCAGCUGGCCCACGCGUUGGUGAGAGGGUUCGCAGCUGCAGGCGUGAUUGCCACCCACAGAAUCACAGCUAGUUCACCAGACACGGACCUCCCCACGGUGGCGGCGCUGCGGAAGCUGGGCGUCAAUCUCACCACAAGCAACAAGGAAACGGUGAGCAAGAGCGACGUCCUCUUCCUGGCUGUCAAGCCGCACAUCAUCCCUUUUGUACUGGACGAGAUUGGGCCGGACAUCGAAGAUCGUCACCUCAUAGUUUCCUGUGCUGCAGGGGUCACCAUCAACUCCAUAGAAAAGAAGCUGCAACAGUACCGCGCCGCCCCGAAGGUGAUGCGUUGCAUGACCAAUACGCCGGUGGUCGUGCGGGAGGGAGCCACGGUGUACGCCACCGGCACCCAUGCCGAGGUGGAGGAUGGGAAACUCCUGGAGCAGCUAAUGGCCAGUGUGGGCUACUGCACCGAGGUGGAGGAGGACUUGAUCGACGCCGUGACUGGACUGAGCGGUAGUGGCCCAGCUUACGCAUUCACCGCUGUUGACGCGCUCUCUGAUGGCGGGGUGAAAAUGGGCCUUCCUAGGAGACUGGCCGUGAGGCUCGGAGCCCAGGCGUUGCUGGGAGCAGCUCGAAUGCUGCUGGACUCGGAGCAGCACCCCGGUCAGCUGAAGGACAACGUGUGUUCACCAGGGGGCGCCACAAUCCAUGCCCUGCACGUCAUGGAGAGCGGUGGCUUCCGCAGCCUGCUCAUCAACGCUGUAGAGGCAUCUUGUAUUAGGACGAGGGAACUCCAGUCUUUGGCUGACCAAGAGAAGAUUUCCCCAGCCGCCAUUAAGAAGACAACUCUGGACAAAGUGCUGCAGCAGCCGGGAGUGACGGCAGCGAGUGUGGGAGGCAGAUCCGGAGGGAUCAGUCUCUUCAACAACAGCAACCCCAGGACCAAGAAGAACUGAGUUUUACCUCACAGCUUUAGAAGUCAGCUGUCCAAUGUUGGGUUUUUCAGGGAAUGAACCACAAAAUACACAUAACCCUCCAAACACACGUUAACCUUAGCGGCGAGUUAUGCGUUCAGCUUCCACUCCGAAGAUGUCAUUGUUCCCUCCACUUUAAUGGGGCUUGUGCUUUAUUGGGCUGAUCGGCCCUUCAUGUUUUUUGACUGUUUCUGGUUGUUUUUAAUCACGUCAUUAUUUUGAAUAUUUAACCAUUUAAAGCAACCAGGUUGUCUGAAGCAGAAACUCCAUAUUAUGAGUUUCUGGUGGUGGUGGUGGUGUUACAGUCCAGAAUUAUGCUUUUAUUCAAUCCCGGAGUUCCCAGAUAUGUGUCCCUUAUAUCUCAUACUUUUCAAGAAAACAUGAAUGUAUUGUACAAUGCUGGAUAAAAAAACAAAAACA